AUGGGGGCUGGGGCGAGUGCUGAAGAGAAACACUCCAGAGAGCUGGAGAAGAAACUGAAGGAAGAUGCAGAUAAGGAUGCCAGGACCGUCAAACUGCUGCUACUGGGUGCUGGUGAAUCAGGAAAAAGCACUAUUGUCAAACAAAUGAAAAUUAUCCACAAAGAUGGUUACUCCCUAGAAGAGUGCUUGGAGUUUAUUGCCAUCAUCUACAGCAAUACUUUGCAGUCAAUUAUGGCUAUUGUGAAGGCUAUGAACACUCUGAACAUUACCUAUGGAGAAGCAGCCCAACAGGACAAUGCCAGGAAGCUGAUGCACUUGGCUGACACCAUCGAAGAGGGCACCAUGCCAAAGGAGUUGUCUGACAUCAUUCUUCAGCUGUGGAAAGACACUGGCAUUCAGGCAUGCUUCGAAAGAGCUUCAGAAUACCAGCUGAACGACUCUGCUGGAUACUAUCUGAAUGACCUAGAGAGGCUGAUCCAGCCUGGUUAUGUCCCCACUGAGCAAGAUGUGCUACGAUCACGAGUGAAGACGACUGGUAUCAUUGAGACGCAAUUCUCCUUCAAGGACCUCAACUUCAGGAUGUUUGAUGUGGGAGGUCAGCGCUCAGAGAGGAAGAAGUGGAUCCAUUGUUUUGAAGGUGUCACCUGCAUCAUCUUCAUUGCAGCCCUCAGUGCAUAUGACAUGGUGCUGGUAGAGGAUGAUGAAGUGAACCGAAUGCAUGAGAGUCUACACCUGUUCAACAGUAUCUGCAACCACCGCUACUUUGCCACCACCUCCAUUGUACUCUUCCUCAACAAGAAAGAUGUGUUCCUCGAGAAGAUCAAGAAGGCCCAUUUGAGCAUGUGCUUCCCUGAAUAUGACGGUCCAAACACCUAUGAGGAUGCUGGUAAUUACAUCAAGGUGCAGUUCCUGGAUCUGAACAUGCGACGAGAUAUCAAGGAAAUCUACUCGCACAUGACCUGUGCUACGGACACAGAGAAUGUCAAAUUUGUGUUCGAUGCUGUGACAGACAUCAUCAUCAAGGAAAACCUCAAGGACUGCGGUCUCUUCUAA